CUGCCUUUGCAUAGUCUCUGUCAGUGUCAAUCAAUGUGAAAUUUGUAAAAGUGCAAUGGGUCGUGCACUUAAUUUUAUGAAAUUUUUUAUUUAAUCUGAAUUGUAAAAUAUUUCAUACAUAUAACGAUAGCGAUAACCAUGAAAGAAAAAUGGAAUUUUAUUUUGUAUCUUGUUUGGUUUUCCUAUUUGGUUCUGUCUGCGGUUCUCAUGUUCGGACAUGGAUUUCUGUUAUCCCGCAAAACUCUGAGUGAUGUUACUGAAUGCUUACCACUUGAUAAAUUCGGAUGCGAUGGACGGGAAAACUCUACUGUGCGUGGGAGUUGUAAAGAGGAGGAAAAGAUUCAACGUAUUAUUUCGGUUCCCGGCGGUUCGCUAGCGUGUGUUCCGAAGCAGUCUAGAGUUGUGUUUUUGUUAGUGGAUGCUUUGCGGUACGACUUUACUGAAUAUGAUCCGCGUAUCGAGAAGCCACUGCCGUAUCAGAAUCGGUUGCCGAUCCUCCACGAGAUCCUGGAGCGCAGGCCGGAGCGAGCGCGACUGUACCGGUUUAUGGCGGACCCGCCGACCACCACACUGCAACGAGUGAAGGCUCUGGCUACUGGCUCGCUACCGACGUUCAUCGAUGCUAGCUCUAACUUUGCUGCCAUGGAACUGCAGGAAGAUAACAUUAUAGACCAGGUAACUAAGAACAAAGGGCAUGCGGUACUCCUUGGUGAUGACACAUGGGCUCGGCUGUUGCCAAAGCGAUGGUUACGAUCUCAUGCCAUGUACUCCUUCCAUACCUGGGACCUUGAUACUGUUGACACAGAAGUAGAUUCCAAGAUAUUCAAUGAGUUGAGAAAAGACGAUUGGAAUCUACUAGUGGCUCACUACUUGGGAGUAGAUCAUGCAGGUCACAGAUAUGGCCCGAACCAUCCGGAGAUGACAAGGAAGCUGGAUGAGACCAAUAAUAGACUGAGGAAGGUUAUUGAUAUGCUGCCACCUGAUGUGUUGCUGUUUGUGGUUGGAGAUCACGGCAUGACUGAGACAGACUCACAUGAUUGGAACGACUCGGAUGGUGAUCAUGGGGGAGAGAGUAAGGCUGAGCGUACGGCGGCUUUCUUCGCGUACCGCGGCGCGGGGCUGGCAGGUUCCGGGGCCGACGCGCUCACCGGGCGGGAGGUGCAGCAGACCGACCUGGCGCCAACCCUCAGCGCGGCGCUCGGCAGGCCGCCGCCCGCGCCCUCUCUAGGCAACCUGCUUCUACCUGUGCUACCGAAGUCCAGUAGAAGUCAUACACUGUUACAUUUGACUAAUAAUUUGAAACAGAUAACACAAUACAUGAUUCGCUACGGCGAGGAAUCCCAACAAGUGUCGCUCGACAGACUUGCGCAUCUUAUCAACUCCACAAGGGAACAAUUAGAUAAAGCGGCCAGCAUUGAGACUGAUGAAGAGCUCGACAAAUACGUUGCAGAUGUUAGGAUCCUUGUCGACAACAUUCGAAAUGUUUUCCGCGAAGUCUGGGUCGAAUUUGAUUCGCUCUCUAUGCUUCGAGCCCUUCUGCUUCUCCUCCUUGCAAUAUUCUUCAAUUGGUUGAUAACAGAAGGUUUACCAAUGGAGAGACUUCCUCAUGUGUUCGCAAGCACUUUUGUCCCGACUGGACUUAUCGCCAUGGCUGUUUGUAUCGGCGUGUGCUAUACCGCAUACUAUUUCGAAUUUUUGGAGGAUCUCGAGCACGCUAUAAUUUUGAGUACUGGUUUGAUAUCAGCCGGUAUAACGUGCGUGCUAGUGAUCAUGCAUUGGGACGGUAUUUCUCAGAGGUGGUACGAAGGUCGGUCUCAGACAUAUGAGCGUUUUGCGCGCGCGGCUCUGGUAGCCUCCGCGGCCGUUUUGGUAUCAAACAGUUACAUCAUAGAAGAGGGAGCUGGCCUCUCGUUUUUAUCUAUGAGUGUAUUAGCUCUGAUGGCAUGGAACAUCGGUACAUUCAGAUCGUUGUUACUUUGGAUUGGUUGUGGAGCGGUUCUGGCAGGAUCUAGGUUGUAUCGGGGUUGUAGGGAGGAGCAAGGGGAUUGUUGGACAGCGGGGGCCGGUGUGCCGACAGGGCAAGCUUCGCGGCCCGCGCUAGUACUCGCACUGGGUUCAGUAGCCGGCGUCGUGGCUAUAUCUAGGAGACAUGUAGGAUGGCGCGGGUACGGCGUGGUAGUUGCAGGGCUGUUUGUUUGCUCACACUGGGCUGUUGGCUGGGGUUCACUAGGCUCCCCCGGUCGGGCUCGUCUGCUCGCGCGCAGUGCUUGGCUAGUCUUAGCGACAAUGUUUGCUCUAGUAUGGCGGCGAGAAGGUCGCGGUGCAACCUUACCCUUGAUGGUGUGUUGCCUUCUGCUCUACGUAGCUAACACUCUCGUUCUCGGUGCUGCCUACGCUCCGUCGGCUGCCUUAGCGAUUGUUGUAGGAUUUCUAGCUCUCAAUCUAGUCUCGUUACUCAAAAAUGAGGGUUCUUCAAAGUUUUCCUUGACAACUCGUUGCAACUCGAGCGUGGCUUGCAUGUGGGCACUGUUAGCGUGCUACCAGUUCUACGGCACGGGCCACCACGCUACGCUGGGCCACGUGCGCUGGGCGCCCGCCUUCCACGCGGGAGACCCUAAUUAUCUGGAUAUUGGACCCCCUAUAACCGCCUCGCUGAUCUCCCUUGAACUGUUCGGUACGCCGUUCAUGUUCGGCGCAGCGGUGCCGCUACUGGCGCUGUGGGGUCGUAACGGCGCGGCCGCGGUGGGCCCGCGCACGCAGCUUGCUGCUGUCUUCUCGCUAUGCCUCAAGUUUAUGCUGUGCUUCGCUAUCAGGGUAUUCGCGUGCGCCAUCUCAGCGACGAUCCACUGCCGGCACCUGAUGAUCUGGGGCGUGUUCACGCCGAAGCUGUUGUUCGAGAGCGGCGCGUGCGCGGCGGCGCUGCUGGGCGGCGUGCUGGGCGCGGCGCUGGCCGCCUGGCACCUGCCGCCGCAGCACCGCAACAGUUGACACAAGCGCGACUACUAGGCGCGCCGGCUGCCAGCGCCACGGAGACAGGACUCAGUGCUUCUGACUAACGUGAUGACUGUUUUUUCAUGAUGUUAGCUUGCGAAAGAUGCAGCGGAUGAAGUGCUCUAAGUACACUAAUAUAUUUCCCAUUGAACUUUAACAGCACAUGCGAGUGUCAACAUAAUUUUCCUUAAAUAACAUACUCGCUUGUCUGGCUGCAUGUGGAGCACUUCAUUUGUUUGUUAUCUGUGGCUUGGCCACAAUAUGUGCGCAUCUAUAUGAUACAUAUAAUUCUGUUCCCCAUUGCAAUUCGCCUGCAUCUGUCGUAGGCUAACUUACUUGUACCAUAGGUACUCUUUAGAUAUGACCAAAGUUUUUCACUCAUUUUUAAGGCCAAACUGUAUGUGCCGAUAUUAUAAAGUAAAUUUUUAAUGUUGUUCUACGCUUAGGCAGUCUGCCGCGGCUGCAACUAUUAUAUUGUUUUGAUUGAGAUUAUCGAGAUAUUUUAUGCAUGCGAAUGUGAAAGACAUUGUUACGUUUUAUUGGAAUGUUUUAAACUGCGUGAGUUGCGAGUUACUUUACGAAGUUACGGGUUUUCAUUUGUGCUUAAAGGUUGUAUUAUUUUUAAUAUUAUUUUAUACUGUGACAUGAAGUCGAAGCAAAGCAUUUUAUUGUAGCUUUUAAUGAUGUAUUAUACUUUAUUGUAAUCGAACAAACACUGCCAUAGGCUGUUUUUAGUACCUUCAUUGAAAUUAACUUAUACUUAGUAGAAGCAAACAAUCAGUAUUUGUUCUAGUUGACAACAUUAAUGUAUAGUUUUAGCAAUAAAUAUAAAUUGCCAUGUAUAGAUUAGAAUAGCAAUAUUUAUUCAUUUGGCAACUUGUCUUAAUUUUGAUUUAAAAUCAAUGUGUACAAUUU